AUGUCUCGAAGAAACAUGUCCGCGUCUCAGACGAAGCCCAAGUCACACAUCCACAAAUCAGGCCGUUUCUACAGGGUUCAUCGCUACCUGGGUAACAAGCAUAAAACAAGGCCCAGCCGCAUCUCUGAACACUCGAAAAAAUACCUUACUCGCAUUGCGGAUGAUGCACGAUACAGAUAUCGCUCGUCUGCCAAGAUGAGACUCCAACAUCUGCGAUCCGCCUUGAAGAUCUUGGAACCUGGUGCUUUCGCUCGCUACGUCCACUUGUUCGGUGUAGAUGAGCCAAUGCAAGCCCUUCUGGACCAAUUGUAUCCUGAAGAAGAGCCUGUCAAGAAAAAGAAGACCAAAGCAAAAAUACUGAAGCUGAUCAAGAAGUUGCCUGGAGACAAGAAAUUCAAGCAUCUACGCAAUCUGGCGUGGAAGAUGAGCGAUGACAGCAAGGAGGAGCGAAAUACCUUCAACGACUGGGCACUGACUCUGUUGGAUGAUGUGUGGCGUCCUGAAUUCCAACGUGUAAUCAACCAGCACCCGUUCGGCGACCCGAAGAAGAAGCAAUUGGAGUUGAUGAACAGACCACUCGCCAAAGUACCUUUCAGCACAAAAGAGCGUAAGUAUGUGGAGGGACUUCUCUCUUUGUUGAUGCGAACCUCGGAGUCCGUGGCUCGUCGACCAUGGCCUCAGAAAGAACUCUGCUCAUUCGAUGACCCUCAUGCUCAACCCGACGACGAAGCCAAGGUCAAUCAGGUACGCAAAAUCCGUAAGGGCAUGGAGAGGGAUGAACAUUGCCUGGAUGAAUUACGCAGACGCAUUGAGCAUGCAUGGCCAGACCACAACAAGGACCUUGGUGUUCAUCGCCUCUCCAUCACGGACCUGAUCGAUAGAGUUCGAGCUGUCGACGAAGAGGUCGUGGGCACCCCUUUGCUUCCAUCCACGGCCUGCAUCAAACACAUCAUCAAGAUCGUCAACAGAACAUAUCCCUUGGAGAAUCGUUCUUCAGCUGACAAGCACUGUGCUAUGCCAUCCGAGCUCAAAAAGGAGUUCAGAGCCCAUCUCCACCGUAUGAGUCUUUACGACAGCUGGCGUGCUACCAACCCACCUGAUUCCGAGCGCUUCUCGGACGUCGUGACGGAAGCUCCUUGA